UUUGUUAUUGGAACUCAGGAAAAAAAAAGAAACUUGCGAUGUAUACAAGGACAAUAAGAAGGAACCAUAGAUGGUCUUUUGUAUUGCAGCAAGACAAAUGCUUAGUGAGGCCAGUGAUUCGUGACCACACCGGUUCCCAAUCUUAUAGCUCCCCUACUAUACUAACAAAUCAUUUGACAAGACUCUAUCAUUCUCCUGGCGCUUUUUCUUCUAAAGACUAUCUAAGUUAUUCUUGGAACAGCCAAUUGCGUCGGUUUAGUUCUGAAGGUGAUGGAAGGAAUGCUAGUGAGGAUAGCCGUUUCCCUCUGAAUAAAGAAAAGACAGGAAAAGAGAAACAUGUGUUUGGUGCUGAGCAUUUUGAUUCUCACGCUCAGCUUGGAGAACAAGACCAAAUAGCAUGGCUCAACAAUGAGAAGCUUGCAAGUGAAAGCAAAAAGGAUUCACCUUUCCUUAACAAACGAGAAAGAUUGAAGAAUGAGUUCUUGCGGAGAAUUCAACCUUGGGAGACUAUAAAGCUCUCUUGGGAGUCUUUCCCUUACUACGUCCAUGAACACACAAAAGAUACUCUGGUGGAAUGUGUUAGCUCACAUAUUAAACAAAAAAAUAUGGCGUCCAGGUAUGGUGCUCGUUUAGAUUCUUCAAGUGGGAGAAUACUGCUCCAGAGUGUUCCAGGCACUGAGCUCUACCGAGAGAGGUUGGUACGAGCACUUGCUCGAGAUACACAAGUUCCCCUGUUAGUUCUUGACAGCAGCGUUCUUGCACCUUAUGAUUGUGGUCAUGACUACAAUGAAGAGUCUGAAUCAGAUGAUGACAUUGCAGAAUCAGAUCAGUGCACUUCAGAUUCAGAAGCUGAGGAAGAAACUGAUGCAAACAAUGAUGAGAGGAGUAGCAAUGAAGCGAAAAUUGAAGGAACUGACGAUGAAGAAAGAUAUUUGGAGAUUUCUAAGGAAGUCCUCAAGAAACUUGGAGCUGACAUAGAGGAAAUCGAGAAGAGAAUGUCGGAUCAACUAUAUGGCUCUAGUGAGGUAUCAGAAGCUGCAGUUGUUGAUCAUUAUGAUAAAGCCAAGCGGCCUCUUAAGAAAGGAGACCAAGUAAAGUAUGUUGGGUCUCCUAAGAAGGACGAAGCAAAGCAUAGGGUCGUAUUGGGGAAGAUUUCUACAUCUGAUGGUCAAAAGAGUGCUUUUACCGUUAUUCCUGGCAGGCCAUUAUCUAGUGGACAACGUGGAGAGGUAUACGAGGUGAGUGGGAACCGUGUUGCUGUCAUAUUUGAUUGUGGUGAUGAUAAAACUACAGAGGGAAAUGAGAAAAACUCAGCAGAGAAGCCCCAGAUGUUACCUAUCCAUUGGGUAGAUGUGAAAGACCUCAAGUACGAUUCGGAUAUGCAGGCAGUAGAUGGUUACAUUGCUAUGGAGGCUUUAAACGAGGUUUUGCAAUCCAUUCAACCACUAAUAGUCUAUUUUCCAGACACUUCGCAGUGGUUGUCUAGAGCUGUGCCUAAAGCGAGACGAAAAGAAUUUGUAGACAAAGUUCAGGAAAUGUUUAACAAAAUAUCAGGUCCGAUUGUUAUGAUAUGUGGGCAGAACAAGAUAGAAACAGGCUCAAAGGAAAGAGAGAAAUUUACGAUGGUACUCCCAAACUUUAGUCGACUUGCGAAGCUGCCUCUUCCCUUGAAGUGCCUAACGGAGGGAUUCACGGGAAGGAAAAAAUCAGAGGAGAAUGAGAUAUAUAAGCUAUUCACUAACGUCAUGCGCCUACAUCCUCCAAAGGAGGAAGAUACCCUCGGACUAUUCAACAAACAACUAGGAGAAGAUAGGAGAAUUGUGAUAUCACGGAGCAAUAUAAAUGAGUUACUAAGGGCACUUGAAGAACAUGAGUUAUUAUGCACAGACUUAUAUCAAGUGAACACUGAUGGGGUGAUAUUGACAAACCAAAAAGCAGAAAAGGUUAUUGGCUGGGCCAAAAAUCACUAUUUAGCUUCUUGUCCAGACCCAUUGGUUAAAGGUGGCCGCUUGUCUCUGCCUCGUGAAAGCCUUGAAAUAUCAAUUGAGAGGUUAAGAAAAUUAGAAGAUAAUUCCCUAAAGCCCUCACAAAACUUGAAGAAUCUUGCUAAGGAUGAGUAUGAAAGAAAUUUUGUCUCGGCUGUGGUUGCUCCUGGAGAAAUAGGCGUUAAAUUUGAAGAUAUUGGGGCGCUCGAAGACGUGAAAAGGGCAUUAAGUGAGCUGGUUAUUCUCCCCAUGAGAAGGCCAGAGCUUUUCUCACGUGGGAAUCUCUUGCGGCCCUGUAAAGGAAUAUUGCUUUUUGGUCCUCCUGGAACGGGUAAGACACUCCUCGCCAAGGCACUUGCGACAGAAGCUGGAGCAAAUUUCAUUAGCAUAACAGGCUCAACACUUACAUCAAAGUGGUUCGGAGAUGCAGAGAAGCUCACUAAAGCUCUCUUUUCCUUUGCCACCAAGCUAGCACCUGUAAUUGUUUUUGUUGAUGAGAUAGACAGUCUUUUAGGUGCUCGUGGUGGCUCGUCCGAACACGAAGCUACCAGAAGAAUGAGGAAUGAGUUCAUGGCAGCUUGGGAUGGGCUCAGGUCAAAAGACAGCCAAAGGAUCCUCAUUCUCGGUGCCACCAACCGACCCUUUGAUCUUGAUGAUGCUGUGAUUCGUCGUCUACCAAGACGGAUAUAUGUUGACUUACCUGAUGCCGAGAACCGGUUAAAGAUACUGAAAAUAUUUCUAACUCCUGAAAAUUUGGAAUCCGGUUUCCAGUUCGACAAACUUGCAAAGGAAACUGAAGGUUAUUCCGGUAGUGAUCUAAAGAAUCUAUGCAUUGCUGCUGCGUACAGGCCUGUUCAAGAACUGUUACAAGAAGAGCAAAAGGGUGCAAGAGCAGAAGCCUCUCCUGGUCUACGGUCGCUGAGUUUGGAUGACUUCAUUCAGUCUAAAGCUAAGGUGAGCCCAUCUGUGGCGUAUGACGCAACCACUAUGAAUGAGUUGAGAAAAUGGAACGAGCAAUAUGGUGAAGGAGGGAGCAGGACUAAGUCUCCUUUUGGCUUCUGAAGAAAUUGUUAGUUUUGGUAGAUCAAAGUGUUUUCUCAUGUCUUUUACUUUGUGAUCAUGUUGUAACCCUCAGUGCUAUAUCCUUUUUAGUAUCAUUUUCAAAUUUGAUGUAAACUAUAAUGGACACGGAACCCCGUGAAUUUUAGCAAACUAUGCUGCUAAAAAAAGAAAAUCAGAAAUAGUGUAGUUUCACUUCCAAAUCAUUAAAGAGAAAUAACACCCUGCAA